UUUUGCCCUUAUCCCUGUUAAAAAUAAAACUCCCGCAGGCCGUAGGGCUACCAUAUGUACGCGUGCGUUUUUCCAACGCACGAGUGUUACUCAGGAGAGGGAAACAAAUAAUCGCAAUCGCAGGGAAGAAUUGAAAUCUAGGGAUUCGAGGAGUUGUUUGAGAGAUGUCGUAUCUGCUUCCACACUUGCACUCAGGAUGGGCUGUAGAUCAGGCAAUCUUGGUGGAGGAAGAGCGCCUCGUCGUCAUCCGAUUCGGCCACGACUGGGACGAGACUUGCAUGCAGAUGGAUGAAGUGCUUGCAUCAGUUGCUGAGACAAUUAAGAACUUUGCUGUCAUAUAUCUUGUGGACAUCACUGAGGUGCCUGAUUUCAACACAAUGUAUGAGUUGUAUGAUCCAUCCACUGUCAUGUUCUUCUUCAGAAACAAGCACAUUAUGAUUGAUCUUGGAACUGGAAAUAACAACAAAAUUAAUUGGGCUCUCAAGGACAAGCAAGAGUUCAUUGACAUUAUUGAGACUGUCUACCGUGGGGCAAGGAAGGGUCGUGGUUUGGUUAUUGCUCCAAAAGAUUACUCCACCAAGUACCGCUACUAAGUGUAAGAAAAAUUAUUCAUUGGACUAUCCGACUAUGUAAGAACCUGUGAUCAAAACAAUGUUUAUGCAUAAAACUUGGCUUCAGAAAUUUGUAGAUUGGAAUUUCCUGGUUAACUAACUAGGAGUUUCUUAUGAUGGUAUGUUUACAUUUUUUGCCUUGUGUGCAGACAAUGUAUCUGACAUUUAUUUUGUGCUAGAACAGUGGAAUUUUUGCUUGUUCUA